CUCGCUAGUCUGUCGUUUGGAAUUUCUUUCUAAAUGGAUAAGUAGACGUGGACAAGUGGUUUUCCAAAUGCGACUGUUUAGAUUAUUUUAAUGAGGUAUCAAUUAAGUCUGUUAAAGCAGUGCAGCUGUGGUCGGACGGUGUGAAGUGGUUUGAACGCAAAAAUUGGCUAAGUAUGUGUGCAUCGGUAAAGUACAGUUCACGGGGCCCCGCUCUGAUACCUCGUAUGAAGACCAAGCACCGUAUCUACUACAUCACCCUUUUCUCCGUGGUGCUGCUUGGACUGAUCGCCACUGGAAUGUUUCAGUUCUGGCCUCACUCCAUUGAGUCCACAGCCGAAUGGAGUUUGGACCGUCGUAGUGUGCAUGAUGCUCCGCUGGUCCGUCUGCCUUUAUCCAGCCCUAUUCCUGAGAGGGGAGACCUGAGCUGUCGUAUGCACACGUGUUUUGAUGUUUACCGUUGCGGUUAUAAUCCGAAGAAUAGAAUUAAGGUGUAUAUUUACCCUCUUCAGCGCUUUGUGGAUGAGGUUGGGGUGCCAAUAAGCAGUACAGGUCUGUCUCGGGAGUACAAUGACCUGUUGAGUGCCAUCUCUGACAGUGACUUUUACACUGAUGAUGUCAACAGAGCAUGCCUCUUAAUCCCUUCCAUUGAUGUACUGAACCAGAACUCAUUGCGUAUUCGUGAGACUGCCCAAGCUCUGGCUAUGCUGCCAAGAUGGGACAAAGGAGUGAACCAUUUGUUGUUCAAUAUGUUACCUGGAGGACCUCCAGACUACAACACAGCGCUGGAUGUUCCAAGAGACAGAGCUCUGCUGGCGGGCGGAGGCUUCUCCACCUGGACCUACCGACAGGGCUAUGACGUUAGCAUCCCAGUGUACAGUCCGCUGUCAGCAGAGGUGGACCUUCCUGAGAGACAACCAGGACCGCGCCGUUACUUCAUCCUGUCCUCUCAGACAGCCAUUCAUCGGGAGUACCGCGUUGAGCUGGAGCGACUCAAAGAGGAGAAUGGGGAGGCGCUGCUCCUCCUGGACAAAUGCAGUAACCUGUCUCAGGGCAUGGCCUCUGCCAGGAAACGCUGCUACAAGGGCCAGGUCUAUGACUACCCACAAAUCUUACAGGAAUCAUCGUUCUGUGUGGUGCUGCGUGGUGCACGGCUGGGCCAGGCCACUCUGAGUGACGUACUGCAGGCAGGCUGUGUCCCAGUCAUCAUGGCCGACUCCUACAUACUGCCCUUCUCUGAGGUGCUCGACUGGAAGAGGGCAUCUGUGGUCAUUCCAGAGGAAAAGUUGCCCGAAAUGUACACAAUUCUGAAGAGCAUCCCUCACAGACAGGUGGAGGAGAUGCAGAGACAGGCACGCUGGUUCUGGGAGGCGUACUUCCGCUCUAUGAAGACCAUUGGUCUGACCACGCUGCAGAUCAUCAACGACCGCAUCUACCCUUAUGCUGCCCGUACCUACGAGCAGUGGAACAAUCCUCCCGUCGUGAAAUGGUCGAGUGUGAACAACCCUCUCUUCUUGCCGCUCAUUCCGCCUCGUUCGCCAGGCUUUACCGCGGUGGUCCUGACUUAUGAUCGCAUCGAGAGCCUCUUCAGAGUCAUCACUGAGAUUUCCAAGGUUCCCAGCCUGGCCAAGUUACUGGUUGUGUGGAACAACCAGAAUAAGAGCCCCCCUGAGGAAUCUCUGUGGCCCAAGGUUGCUGUGCCACUCAAGGUGGUGCGAACCAAAGAGAAUAAACUCAGCAAUCGCUUCUUCCCUUUUGACGAGAUCGAGACAGAAGCAGUGUUGGCCAUCGAUGAUGACAUCAUCAUGCUGACCUCUGAUGAGCUGCAGUUUGGUUAUGAGGUGUGGCGUGAAUUCCCAGACAGGUUGGUAGGAUAUCCUGGCCGACUCCACUUGUGGGAUCAUGAGAUGGGCAAGUGGAAGUACGAGUCUGAGUGGACCAAUGAAGUGUCUAUGGUGCUUACUGGUGCUGCAUUUUACCAUAAGUACUUCAAUUAUCUCUACACCUAUAAGAUGCCUGGAGACAUCAAGAACUGGGUGGAUGCUCACAUGAACUGUGAAGAUAUCGCCAUGAACUUCCUUGUCGCCAACAUCACUGGCAAAGCUCCUAUAAAGGUGACUCCUCGAAAGAAGUUCAAGUGCCCGGAGUGUACAGCUAUUGACGGUCUCUCAUUGGACCAGACCCACAUGGUGGAGAGGUCAGAGUGCAUAAACAAGUUUGCCUCCGUUUUUGGCACCAUGCCUCUGAAGGUGGUGGAGCACCGUGCUGACCCUGUGCUGUACAAAGACGACUUCCCAGAGAAACUCAAGAGCUUCCCCAACAUCGGCAGUCUGUGACGCCAUGCUGCCUCGCUUCACCUAAUGUCAGACUUUUAAAAAACACAGGUCACAGACACUUCAGUAUCUCUCUCUCUCUCUCUCU